AAAUUGCGAAUUGUUUCAGUUAUGCAUUCAUAAAUCAAUCUAGAUGUCCGGAUUGUUUCCCCUCAACUUAUUCUUACUCAAUCAAUUCUGAUCAUCGUGGAUUUGAUGUUCUUACUUAAUUCGUUCCGACGAGAUUUUCUCUUUGAUUCUGGAAAUCUGACGAUAUACACUGCUUAUUAUAAAUAAGCCACAUGGGUGGAAGUGCUAUAGAUGAAGAUUGGGAACUAGACUUUACUUCCCCAACCAGUGGAAGAAGUGCUCGAACUGUGGUCUUAGUUGGUCGUACUGGCAAUGGAAAAAGUGCUACUGGCAACAGUAUUCUUGGCAGGAGGGCUUUUAAGUCGAGGGCAAGUUCUUCCGGUGUUACCAGCACUUCUGAAUUGCAGACAACUGUACUCAGAGAUGGCCAAGUGAUAAAUGUUAUUGACACUCCUGGGCUGUUCGACUUUUCUGCCGGAUCAGAUUUUGUUGGCAAGGAAAUUGUUAAAUGCAUUGAUCUGGCCAAGGAUGGUAUUCAUGCCGUUCUUGUAGUUUUCUCAGUCAGGACCCGGUUCUCUCUGGAGGAAGAGGCUGCUCUUCGUAGCCUUCAAACUUUGUUUGGUAGCAAAAUUGUCAACUACAUGAUUGUAGUUUUUACUGGGGGUGAUGAACUCGAAGAAAAUGACGAGACAUUGGAAGAUUAUUUAGGUCGUUCAUGUCCUGAUCCCUUAAAGGAUAUCCUUGCCCUGUGUAAGAACCGUUGUGUGCUUUUUGAUAACAAGACCAAGGACGAAAUGAAGAGGGUUGAACAAGUUGAGCAGCUUCUCUCCCUUGUUACCGGCAUAAUAAUACAAAAUGGUGGACAUCCCUAUACAGACGAGUUAUUUACUGAACUGAAGGUAGGGGCUAUGAAACUUCGUGAUCAACAAAAAGAGGUUGAUUCUCUUGAAGGCUACUCCAAACGAGAAAUUUCGGAGCUGAAGGAGCAGAUGCACCGUUCAUAUGAAGAGCAGUUGAAAAGAAUUACCGAGAUGGUUGAGUUGAAGCUCAGAGAAACAACUAUGAGACUCGAACAACAAUUGGCAGAAGAACAGUCAGCAAGGCUGAAAGCAGAAGAGCAUGCACAAAAAGCUCAAAAAGAAUCUAAUGAUGAAAUUCGUAAACUCAGGGAGCAUCUACAGAAAGCAGAGGAAGAGCUUCGUAGGCGUGGCGAGUCUCGGUGUACCAUCCUCUGAUGAACCUGAUGUUAAGAUUUACUGCAGUAAAUCUUUUUUCUUAGAGUCCUGAGUAAAAGAAUUUAUCGUCUUUUAAUAGUUUCCCCUCCCUCCCCCUCUUUUGGUACCUUUUAAGGUUACAUUAACGGUGCUUGUCUAUAAUUCUGGCUCUCAGUUAUUAUCAUAUGUGCAUGAAUGUAUUUAAAUUCUAUGUAUGAAAACUUCAUCACCUAAUGAAUGGCGCGUAAUGCAUGCUCAACCAUUUGAAGUGA